AUGUCCUACCAGCAGUCCUACGGCGGGUAUCAGCAGCAGCCAGUGUACCCUGCGCUCCCUGCUGCCGGCCAGCCCAGCAACACGGUCGCCAACUACGGUCAGCAGCAGCAGCAGCACCCGGAGCACCAUGGCCUGCACCUCCCGCACCUCCCGCAACUUCCGCACAUCCACAUCCCUUUCGGACAGCACCAGCACACCCACUCGCAGACUGGAGCGCUCUCGGCCCCUAACACGGGCACGCUGGGUGCGCCGGGGUACGGCAGCUGGAAUGCCAGGCAGGGAUAUGGGUACCAGUCGGCCGUGACUGUCCCGGCGCUGCAGCCUCAGCAGCUCGAGACCGUCACCAAGGACGAGGACCCCGUCUACGGACCUCUGGGACGAGCACGAGGGAAGAUCGACCGUGGCCUCACCAGUGACAAUGAGAUCUCGCCCGACCUUGGGGACCUCUUUGCUCCUUACAAGCAUGUGGCCGCGCGGAUGGGCAUCUUCGAGGAGAUCGAACGGGCAUGGUUCGUUGUCGAGAACAGGUUGUUCUUGUGGAACUACAACGACGGCCGCGAAUUUAGUCGCUUCGACCAGAUGGCGGGCGAGAUCCAGGUUGUUGGCCUUGUGCGCGCGCGGAAGGAUGUGUUCAUCGACGGCAUCACGCACCUUCUCAUCAUCUCGACCGCGUCGCGAACAAAGAUGCUCGGUCUGUCGCAGGAGGACAACGGCGAGCUGUCAAUCUACACGACCGACUUCGAGGUCGACUCGCCGGCGCAGUUCACAGAGGUCCAGGGCACCGACGACGGCCGCGUGUUCCUUCUCGGUCACAACCGCGACAUCUACGAGCUCGAGUACACUGCCAACAGCGGCUGGUUCGGAAACGGAACGAAGAUGUGGAUCACGAACCGCACCUCGUCCGUCAUCGCCAACUGGGUUCCGUCUCUGUUCACGCCAGCGAACCGUGAGGGUAUCGAGAAGUUUGUCCUCGACCCGCAACAGAACCGUCUCUACACUCUGCAGACUAACGGUACCAUUGAGUGGUUUGAUGUCUCCGGCACCAAGUUUGAGAGCAGGGGCAAGUACGUCCACGCGCGGAGCGAUCUACUCCGUCUCAACUAUGGCGGACCGCCUCCUCAGCACCAAGCCGCCAAGAUUGUCAACAUCGCCCCGGUUCGGAGCAACGAGAGCAAGAAGGUCUGGAUCGUCGCCAUCUCGGCCAACGGCUCGCGUCUCUACCUCGGCGCCGCUGGCUUCUACCCCGGCAGUUCGGGCAUGCUGAGCCUGAUCGGUCACCGCCCGCCGCCGCCCGCUUGCACCAAGGCUGACGCCAACUCGUUCUACUCGUCCGGCACCAUGAUCGCCGUAAAGGUUGAGGACACGAGCAAGACGAUCGUCAGCUACGUCACGACGGCUGCAGGCCGUAUCUCGAGCCAACGCGAAAACGCCCACACUCAGCCUGGCCAGACCAUGUACUCGCAGCCGAUCCUGCAGGAGUGGGUCGAGAGCGGUACCAUCCCCGCCCAGGUCUGGACCAUCGCCGAGGUCACCAAGACCAACCCUGCCUUCUCUCCCCCCGCCCUCCGCCGGCCAGAUGCGGUCGCCCUCUCCCAGCUCCCGCGCGAGGCUACCGUCGGCGCCCGCCAGUUCCUCAUCCUCACUAACAGUGGCAUGUUCUGGGCGCUCCAGCCCCGUCCCGUCGACAUGUACCAGGACGACAUCGGUGUUGAGAAGGAGGAGGCUGCCAAGACGUGUGGCUCCGCUUUCGGACGCAUCCAGGUCGCCGCCAUGUGCUACCAGCUCGCGGCGGACACAUCGGGCAAGCAGCCCGAAGUCGCCUCCAUUGCUAUGAACAUUCUCCUGACGUGCGACCCGCCCGUGAUCCAGACGUCAUCGAACGGCGCCCGCACCAUCAGCUACUCGCCCCGCCACGACGGCUACGCGCUCUCCAUUGCUCGUCUUCUCCGCCCGAUCUGGGACAACAAGGUCACAGUGCCCGCCCCGAAGGGUAUGCAGAAGCUCGCUGUUCCCGAAAAAACGCUCCUUGAGGUGCAGCAGAACCUCGCCAAGCUGCUCAAGGUCGUCGAGGACCACCCGUUCCCGCGCCACCAGGCCGACGGCGACCAGCGGCUCGCGUGGGAGCAGGAGGAGCUGUCGAUGCACGGCCUCACGACGCUGCUGAAGCAGAGCAUCGAGGCCAUCUCCUUCAUCCUCCUGCUCGCCGACUACAAGCUCCCGGACGUCAUCGCCAAGUGCAAGCCGCAGACGCAGCAGGCCAUGUCAAGCCUCACGUACCAGGGCCUGCUUACGAGCCAGGGCGGACGGGAGAUUGCGCGCCAGCUUGUCACGGCGCUCAUCGAGCUGCAGAUCGGUGCCGAGCUCAGCAUCGACACGUUGUCUUCGAUCCUGCAGCAGCGCUGCGGUACGUUCGUCGAACCGGGAGAUGUCGUUCUGUACCGCGCCGAGGAGGCUCUGCGACGGGCGGAGAACACGCGCGACCCGAUCGAGCGCAACGAGCAGCUGACCGAGUCGCUGCGGUUGUUCGGCCGCGCGUCCGAGUCUGCCGCGCGCGCCGUCUUCCCCCGCCUCGAGGACGUCACCAAGCGGUACCGCGACCUCAAGGACAUCCGGGGCGCGAUCGAGCUGCCGCUGCGGGUUGCUACCGAGAUCGACCCGAACGACAAGGCGGGCGACUAUGUUCGCGACGGACAGCACAAGGACGACCCGCGGCGCGAGUUCAUGAUUCAGCGGCAGGAGUGCUAUGCGCUCGUCGUACUCGCGCUCGGCGACUACGACGCUGCCCUCUCGCAUGCCGUCGCGGCCAACCGGCCAGACAACGCUGCUACGAUCCGCGACGAGGCGUAUGCGCUCGCGAUCCAGAGCGACGACGAGCUCUUCCACUUCUACCUCUACGACUGGAUUGUGGAGAUGGGCCGCCCCGAGCAGCUGCUGGAGUUUGACACGCCCUUCAUCGAAAAGUACCUGCACGAGACGUUCUCGACUGUGCCCGAGCGGAGGGACCUGCUGUGGAAGUUCUACGCGCGGAGGGAGGAGUAUCUCUCGGCCGCCAAGGCGCUGCAGUCGCUCGCCAUGGUGCAGGACGGCUCGGACAUCAAGCUCGAGGACCGCGUAUACUACCUCGCUCAGGCGCUCACGAACGCACAGUCCGCCGCUUGUGUCGGCACCGAGGACGUUGAGUUCCUGACCUCUCUGCAGGAGCGCGUGGACGUCGCCCAGGUGCAGCUCGAGGUUGUGCGCGCCAUCGUGGCGCACACGGGCAUGGACGAUGCGGAGAAGGUCGCGCCGCUCGAGGCGCUGAACUCGGCUCUUCUGACCCUCGACGACCUUUACCAGGACUUUGCCCGUCCUCUGCGUCUGUUCGAGUGCAUCCUCCUCAUCCUCAAGACGGCGGACACGCGCGUGGAGGAGGUGUGCCAGGCGGUCUGGCUCGAGCUCCUGCGCAAGGAGGAGGGCAACAUCCCUGCCCUCUCCAAGGUGAUCACGAGCCUGAUGCGGCGAUUCUACCCAUCCGAGGCGGCGCCGCUGGACAUUGUCCUUCCGCUCAUCUACGGGCUCACGAGCGAGCUGCACGGCGAGCCGGGGUGGACGACCCGCUCUCUCCUCGCUGGAGGCGUUGGCGCCCGGGAGCUGUGGGACACGAUCGUGGCCCUGAGCGAGGAGACGGACCAGCGCGAGUUCUACGCCGAGGAGGCCGCCGUCGUCCUCCAGCAGUGGGUCGAUGGCAAGUGCCAGCUGCCCCCCGCCGAGGUCGAGCAGUACACGACGAGCUAUCUCCUCCGACACCCUAAGGGGGGCGAGAAGGGCCACGACCAGACGCGCAAGACGCUCCAGGCGGCCAAGAACAAGGCGAGCACGUACUAG